UGUUGAUUCCCCUAAUUAAUAUUCCCUGUCUGUGCAGAUUAGUUCAGCAAAUAUUAAUAAACAUGGAAAGUUUAUUAAGGAUAAUUGACACAUUUUUAAACAAAUACGUUCGUACUGAAGCUUAGUUCAGGCAAAAAACCGUACAUUUCAAGCUGUAUGGGAAAACUGGGGGCUUAGAAUGAGUUUCUACGUGAUAACGAGACAAGUUCGCUACAAGGGCGAUGCAGAUGUUUGGAGCGAAGCUCCAACACUUACUGGCACAAUUAUGUAUUCUGUAAUAACGCCCAUCCUUUGCUGCUGUGGAAUUUUUGGCAAUACAGUUUCCUUAUUAAUAUUGAGACGAAAAGAGUUGAUGGGUUCAGCGUACACAUAUUUGGCUGUUUUAGCCUGUGUGGAUUUGGGCAUGUCCAUAAUACUGCUGCUGGGUGGAAUCAGCAGGGGAAUAAUGUGGAGCUAUGGAUGGGUAACUUACGAUUCUUUGUUCGGUUUACCUUUGUCCGGUGUAAUGGUUAUCCUGGGAGUUCUGGCCAUCACCUGUCUAACCCUUGAUCGCGUUAUUUAUUUAUGGAACCCGCUGCAGUGCUCCAAACCCAAGUUCUGCAACUCGUGGGUUGCCAGACGGUUAAUGAUUGGCAGUUUUGCGUUCGCGGUCAUUUUCAGUCUACCCUAUUGCUUCAUAUAUGAUUGGAAUGAUGAUGGCACUUUGACCACCACGGCUUUCUUCGAUUCAAUAUGGUAUAAGGCAUUUAAUUGGUUCACGUUAUUCGCAUUCGCAGUGAUUCCAGCCAUUGUUUUGUUAUUGGGCAACAGUUUCCUAAUCCUGUCUUUGAGAAAGGCGAAAAUGAACAGGAACAAUUGCCGAACUAGUAAAUGCAAACGAAGAGACCACACGAAUUUAACCAUCACUUUGGUGAUGAUCAUAAUUUUUUUUUUAAUCACCAACGUUCCGGAAAGUUUGGCCUCCCGAACGGCGGCCAUCAAUUUGCUGUUUCAAGGCGAUCAUGAAAGAGCCAACACAACGACUUUGGAAGGGUUUCGACAAGUCUGCACCAUUCUAAAAGCCGUUGAUGUUAAUACGAAUUUCGUUUUCUAUUACACUUUCUGUCCGGCAUUUUGCAAAACGUUACGCACUGUUUGUCGAUGUGUGAAAAGGCGACCGUCCAGCAAUUUACAGGUGAAUGUGUUCGUUUUGAAUGGAUCCAAAGCCAAUGAAAUAGCGGGCACCUUAAAGGACAAGCAGCUCAGUGUUAAAGUGCACAAAACGCUGGAAAUAUCCAAGCGAAGCAUUGAAACAGCGUUCGAUUUUAACAUUGCCGAUUGCUGCUUGGAGAAGGCUAAAAACGGCUGCUCGCUAAACGAGAAUGGAGAUUAUAUGAAAAUGGAGACCGACUUUGCGCCUCCUUUUAGUACAGUUCUGGAGGAAUCCAGCUGCACCACUAAUUGCAAGGAGGCGGGAAAAGAAUAGUUGGCUCGAAACAGACGAAACACACCGAACCAGUCCAAAUGUUUUUUGCGUGUAAUAAAAAAAACAUUCCCAAAUAA